AGAGAGAGAGAGAGAGAGAGAGAGAAUGGAAGGUGUGAACAAACCUACCCACCCUGAGAUCCCAGGUGAACCUACUCAGACAGGGACGUCCCUCCUCGAGAAGGCCACGGCCGCCAUUCAAGGGUUCGGUCCCGUCAACAAAAUCCACCAACAUCUCUGCGCGUUUCAUUUUUACUCGCACGACAUGAGUCGACAAGUGGAGGCACACCACUACUGUGGGCACCAGAAUGAGGAAAUGAGGCAGUGUCUUAUAUAUGAUAGCCCCGAAGCCAAUGCUCGUCUCAUCGGGAUCGAAUACAUAAUAUCUGAGGAAUUGUUUUUGACGCUGCCAGACGAAGAGAAGCCACUGUGGCACACUCACGAGUACGAGGUGAAGAGCGGAGUGUUGUUCAUGCCGGGCCUACCAGGGCCGAUACAGAGGAAGGACCUCGAGAAGGUCUGCAAGACAUAUGGUAAAACAUUCCAUUUCUGGCAGAUCGACAAAGGCGAUAGCCUUCCCCUUGGGCUGCCUCAGGUGAUGAUGGCCCUCACUAGGGAUGGCCAGCUCUAUGACAACCUUGCUCAAGAUGUAGAGAAGCGUUUCGGAGUGUCCUUUGCAAAGGAGAGGGAGAACAGGGCUUACAUGAGCGGACUUGCUCAUGGCAUGCAUCCACUUGCUAAUGCUGCUGGGAAGGGUCUCAAGACUGUCCUCAGAGAGAUUGAUUGCAAGCCUGUUGACUCUCUUCCUAGGCUCUUUGUUUGAUUAUUGAUGCCCACAUCCUCUGCUCUGCUAUACUUAUCCUGGAUAGCAUACUAUAUACUCUAUUAUCAGCAGUAAAUAAUGUUUUUAUUUUCUUUCUUCUCAAGUUUAAAUGUGGUAUGUAUGAUGUUAUUAUGUACAUACUAGUGGUGGACAUAACUUGCUGUAGAUUUCCAGUGGUUGCAUGCAUGUAGUUUUCAUGUUACUAUCAGUGGUGUUUAUUUUGUUCAUGCAUGGUUAAUUCGGAGCCAACACUCUAAUUGAGAAUGUAUAU